CACUACCCUGAUUUCCACUCAUGCUUUGCGUCUUUCUUGCUAAAACCUCCAAUCGUAGCUUCUAGCAUUGUCCAUGUUUCCGAAAGCCAUAUCUCAAACCUUUCGACUGGAGGUGGAGCGCAAGUUUUGCGGGCUUGCAGUCACCGAUCUUACCCUUCACGUCGGGAACCCACCAUUCUGGAGCAUCCAGUCACAGGGCCAGCGCAUGUUCAAGGACACUUAUUUCGAUCGGGCUGGACUUCUCGCGGCGGCAGGUGUAUGGAUCAGGCUACGCAAUGGGCAAUGGGAAGCUAAAGUGAGAAAGGGUGGCGACUUCCAAAAUUCGAGGUUCGAGGAGCUGUCCGAUGCUCGCAAAAUUGGGGAGCAAGUACACAUUAUUACGGGACAAGUAGGCAGCGAGCGCGAAUUUUUCGGCCUCAAUCGUAUUGCAAACAUGUGCACGACAAGAAGAAUGUGGCUGGCGGACGAGAAGUUUACGAUUGUGCUCGACACAAUGGACUUUGGGCAUGAGGUCGGCGAGGUCGAGCUGCAGUCAGAAGUGCAUCUCACUUAUACCGGCCAGGUGCUAGAGGACCACAAGCAGAUGGCAAUGCAGCAGAUGGAUAAAGAGAUUGUCGCUUUCAUGGAACGUUAUCGGUGGGCGUUUGCUGCUGGUGUGCCCAUAGGAAAGCUGACAGCCUACUUCCAACGCGACGCCGCAGGCAAGUUGUAGGCGCAUGGUGUGGUGCGGGCACUGGGUGGCCCCCACUUAGACCGUAUCGUACGUGUUGCGAGUCACAUCUGCCGCGCUAAGCUGCAUUCGACUGUUUGCGAAUAUGAGCUUCCGCAAUACCCACAUUAGGUUAGCAUCGCUAUUCGUGAAUGGAGGUUGCUACUGAGUUCGUUCUGGGAUAGAGUUGUACGCCUCAUGCUGUGCUUGAUACAGUGUGUUCUCUCGAUUCUCCCAAGGCAAACAGUGACGACCC